UGCCGGGUGUGGUGCCAGGCGUGGGUGCCAGGCCCUGGUGCCGCCAGUGUGGGACUAGCUGCCCCGAACUUCACUACUCUCCUCGUAUCUACUACCAACACACACAAACUGACAGUGAAUAGUGAACUAGGUGCUGCAACACUUAAGUGUCUGAUCAAACGAAACUUAAAUCAUAAUCAGUUAGUGUCACGAAUAUAAAAGACGCAUUCCAGCAAGAUGCCUGGAGAGAGUCGUGGAGAUGUGCCGGCAGCUGUGCCCUUGCAGAUUGCUCUGCAGGCAUCUGGAGCUUCCUUAACCAACAGCCACACCCCAGCAGCCUGUGCAGAAUGCAAGAAGCCAUCCACUAUCGUGUGUGGCGGCUGCUGGCAGCUGGGGUUCUGUGCCCGUGAUCACCAGCUGAGUGGAUGGGAGAAGCACAGGCCCAAAUGCCGUCCCUGGCGUAUCGGGUGUUCGUCUGAACUGGGUCGGUUCAUGGUGGCCACUAGAGAUAUCGCCGCUGGAGAGCUGCUCUUAGAGGACCAACCCCUUCUGCUAGGUCCUAAGAUGAUCACGGAACCCGUCUGCCUUGGAUGUUACCGCCCCGUGAACGGUGACUACCAGUGUCAAAGCUGCGGGUUUCCUUUGUGUGGCCCACAGUGUGAAGACACAGAUGACCACGAGGCCGAGUGUAAAGCCGUCAGAGAUUCGGGCAUCCCCGUCAAGGUUUCAGUGUUUGGCGAGAUUAACAGCAUGUACGAGUGUAUCACACCAGUGAGAAUCUUAGCUCUGAGAGACGAUGCACCGAGCGUGUGGAACAAGUUAAUGACGCUGGAGAGCAACAGCGACAUGCGUGACGGCACUGAGGUCGCUGCUAUCACACAGCAGACUGUUGUUGACAUAAUACACGACAGACUGAGACUCGAACAGUUCGACACAGAAAUAAUUGAGAAGGUUUUGGGUAUUAUUGAUACCAAUGGUUUUGAAAUCCGUCUGCCAGACUCAAGCAUCUUAGGAGUGUAUGCAACAGCGUCUAUGCUGGAGCACGACUGUGUUACCAACACUCACCGGACAUUCGAUGCUGAUCUAAACUUGGUAGUAAGAGCAGCCAUUCCUAUUAAACGCGGGGACCACCUCACCUCUUGUUACACCGACCCCCUCACUACCACUGCCACUAGACAAGAGCAUCUACGCUCUUCAAAAUAUUUCAUUUGUAGGUGCAAACGCUGUGUAGACCCCACUGAAUUAAAGACCUACGUAUCUGCACUUAUAUGUGCCGACUGUGUCAAGAAGCAAGCUGAAGAAGAGAGUAAAAAGAAGAGCGCAGCGCAGGGGAAGCAGGCAGGUGGGCGAGCAUCGAGAGGGAAGCCAGGAGGCGUCAUGAGCCGCAUCAACCAGAUCCAGUCAACGAGCAAAGGUGACCAAUCGUCCAGUAAGGAAGGCGGUGCAGAAAGCAGUGAGGAGCCAGGCCCCUGGAUCGUCCCACAGGAUCCACUGUCACCAUCUUCAAACUGGAAGUGUCUAUCGUGCGGGUACCCCACCACGGAUGACUAUCCGGACAGGAUAACUGAGGUGGUGGCAGAAGAGGCAGAGGAAUUAGAGGCAUCGUCUGCCACAGUGGCCCAGUGCGAGGCCUUCCUUGAGAAGUGGAACCACCUCUUCCACCAGGAUCAUGCUAUCUUCAUCAAUAUCAAGUACGCGCUGCUUCACCUCUACGGGAGUGAGGAUGGGUACGAGUUGGACGAUCUUUCCCCUAUACACCUGGCCAGGAAGGAGGAGCUGUGUCGCCAGGUACUCAAAAUCGCUGACGUCCUCGUCCCAGGCAUCUCUCGGCUACGUGGGUCAGUGUUGUAUGAACUCUACCAGGCACUGUACUACAAGGCUCAAGCACUCUUCACAGUUGGUGCUGCCACCAGCGAGCAGGCCCGCAGGAUAGCUAUGGACGCGAUGACAGCCUUGAAGGAAUGUGCUCGUAUCUUGAGUUACGAGCCGGAGGUGCAGCCAGAGGGUCAGCUGGGACUUGAAGCCAAAGACGAAAUCAAGAAGCUGCAACAGUGGAUAAAAGAAGAGGGAUGGAAGUUUUGAGAACUGAGUCAUACAGUACCACAUGAUAUAUUUUGGUUUUAGCUUAAAAUCCAAUCGUAUGUUCUAUGUAUCCGAAACAGGUGUGUUCAGACGUUCUUAAAAAAAAACGGUAUUAGUGGUUUAGGUAACCGAAAUUGGCCUAAUUUACUGAAAUUCUAAGUAAAGAAUACCUUAAACUACCAUUAUGUAGUUGCCCUGUCAGUAAUUACAAGUCUUCUUGAAAUACUGGGAAAAGAGCGUCCUACCUGUGUGGCAGAAGGUAAUAGUGUUCUACUUUAUAUUACAUUUGAGUAGGUAUAGUCUCGACGGUGAAGACCUUGUAAUUAAUGGAGAUGCUUUAUUUAUUAUUAUUAUUAAAUAUUAGCCGGUAUUCUCCCGGCCCGGGCCUUUUCCAAGUGGUGGCCCGGCCUUGGCUCCCUCUUUAGGGAGUGUCUGAGACCUAAGUCUCCCAUGGAAGGAGGCACAAGUACCUCCUCAUCUUUGGGACCAACUGUCCCCAGGCCUAGCCACAAACUAGGCCUCUCUGGUCUGCCAUCCCCGCCCCAAGGGGGCUAAUGGGAAUGACAGUCUUAUGAGCUAAAGGCUCGGGCUCAGGCACCUACCCUACCCUAGAAGGGUUAGGCAUGGUGUCGAUAUGGAGAUGCUUAAGUUUCUCUCAAGGAUCCCAGUGGAAAUAAGUCACUUUGACUUUUCUGGGUUACCCUAUGUAAUUUACACUAUAUAUAACAAUUGUACUUUUGUGUACCUGUACCUAAAUAAACUUAUUUACUUACUUGCUAUUUUGCCAGGAGGGAUAUAUGAGUCAUUUAUUUUUACAAGGGUUACCCUUCAAUUGGAAAGAAAUUUGAGUAAAAGAAAAUAAAAAUUGAAGGGUAACCAUCUUAAAAUACCCUGGAUGAUCAAGCCCUACUUGGUUUGGUGUUACGUUGGAUUAAGCCACUUUUUCUGUCGUUUGUUAGAGCAGUUAUUUAAUAAUUUUUUAUUUACCAAAUGUAUUAUGUAAUAUGCAGUAUGUGAAUACGUAUCACAGAAGAGUAUUAAUCUCAGCCUUUGUUGGGUCAGGCAGAACAUACCUUGAAGGAUAAUGUACACUGAGAGCUGUGUGUGUCACUUAUUACAAAGGCUGAAAGUUGACAUAGAUUCCUAUGGUAGGGUUUAAAAUGUGUUUAACUGCUGGUGAAAAGACCCGGUGUGUAGCCGAAAGGCUUUAAACCCAGUGAACCAACCAACCUCAAGUUGGAUUUGUUAGUGUAAGAAGUUCAUGGUGAUGUGUUAGAUAAACGUGAAUAUACUGUGAAUAUAUUUGUGGUAUACGGUACAGAUAAGUUACUACAUGUGCAACAGUUAGGUGUCUUUAUUCCGAAACUUUUCACUUACACAGUAGGUUUCUUCGGUCGAAAACAGAGGCAGCAGAAGCAGUAGACAUGUAAAGACGAUGUAAACAGUGCAUCACCAUCGAAGAUGGUGGUCAGUCCCUCAGCCUGGAGAAGAGUUCUGCUCCAGAGUCUGGAACAUUGAGAAGCCGAAGUAACGGAAUGGAAUGGAGACAUAUACAUACUGUUAAUGGUGAGGUCCCAGAUACUCUUGACAGGACAGGCAGUGCCUUCUGUACUCGACUGAAAAAGCCUAGUGUGUGGGCGAAACGUUUCAGAAUAAAGACACCUAACUGUUGCACAUGUAGUAACUUAUCUGUUGCACAUGUGUCCUACUUAUAAUGAAUACAUGUGACACAUUGUUAACAUAUGUGGGACCAAUCUCAAACAACAAGAGAUCCAUGUCUAAAGCAUAUGUCAACACAUGAUCUAACAAAUGAACAAUAGCCAUUCAUCACAUAGAUAUAACCUAUCAUUAACAUAGCUAAGAUAUCAUUAAGUCAUAAGAUUAUUUAGCUUAUCAGUACUGAGGUUUUGUAUCAAACAUGUGUGAUAAUAAUUAAAAGAAGUAGCUGGCACUAUUCUCUGACUGCUCCGGCAUCAGCGGCUGGUCACUUACAGAGAUAUACCUGGAGUAUACCUGGAAUAUGCCUGGAGAGGGUUCCAGGGGUCAACACCCCUGCAGCCCGGUCUGUGACCAGGCCUAAAACUGUGGAAAGCUUCACGAUUUUUCGUAGCAUUGAAAACAUUGAAAAAAACUUCAAUUUCAAUAACCCAGGUCAGUGUGAAUAUAUUUCAGUCUACAUAAAACUCUAACCUCCCGUACAUAGUGCCAGCUAAGUCAUUAGUAACUAAAUGAAAAUAAAAUCCUUAUUAUUUUCUCUAAUUCUUAAAACAAUAAUGGAAACAUUAAUAAAGGUUUUACGUAAUAAGAAGCCUAUAUCAUUCUGCAAAUAUUCUGUGUUGUACAACUUUGUAAAGCGUAAUAAUGUAUGUCUUAAAAUACAAGUGAGAACCAGGA